CUCCCCAACAUCUGCAUCUGGCAACUGAGCUGUCUGGUUUGCUUUGAUUUGCAACUCUAUCUCUCCAAUAAUUGUUGUUGUUAUUGUUGUAGUAAUAAUAAACAAUCUAUUAAACUUGAUAAUUUGUUAAAAUAAUAUUUUUCAUUAGGAUAAUUCAUUACUUUUUAAUUAAAAAGAAAUGUUUUUGAAGAGUAUUUUAUUUGGGCUAUUGUCAUGUAUUAUUUUGACAAAUGCUUCAUUACAAACAAAAAAAAAUCAAAUUCAAAAUGUUCACCAGCUCAAUGAAGACAAUUGGGAUCGUAUGUUAACUGGAGAAUGGAUGGUUAAAUUUUAUGCACCAUGGUGUCCAGCAUGUAAAGAUUUAAAUCCAACAUGGAAUUAUCUUGGAGACAUAAAAAAAGAUCUUGGUAUUAAUGUUGGUAAAGUUGAUGUCACUGAUUCACCUGGAUUAAGUGGUAGAUUUAUGGUCACUGCACUUCCUACAAUAUACCAUGUUAAAGAUGGUUUAUUUCGUCAGUACAAAAGUCCAAGAGACAAAGACUCACUUGUAGAAUUUGUCAGAGCUAAAACAUGGACAAAAGUUGAGCCAAUACCAAGCUGGAAAAGUCCUACAUCUAUUCAGAUGUCUGUAAUUAGUCAAUUUUUCAAAAUGUCACAAGUUUUAAGGGCAAUUCAUAAUAAAUUGAUGGAAGAAUUUGGUCUUCCAACAUGGGGAAGUUAUCUUAUAUUUGCAAUUGCAACAAUAAUAUUUGGUGCAAUUAUUGGCUUGGUUAUUGUUUGUAUAAUUGAUUUUAUAUAUCCACCAAAACCAGUUAAAAUAUCUGGUAAUAAAAAACGCAAAGGUAAAGAUGACAAGGAUAAAACAUCUGAUGAUGAAGAUUAUAUUGAAGGUGUUAAAGAUGAUUUGGUUGAUGAAGAUGGUAGUGAUUCAGAAAAACUUGAUGAUAAUGAUAAAAAAUCAGCUGCAAAUAGUCCAAAUGCAAGAAAACGUAAACCACGUAAAGCUGACUAAUUUAUAUAUUUACAUUUUUUUAAUAAUUACCUCAAUUUCAUCAACAAAAAAAAGAAAAAAUUCAUUGUCAAUUUCGUUCAUUAAUUGGCAAUACUUGUCAAUUGUUUAAAAAAAUAUUAUUACAAGUCAAUAAGCAUGUACAUUUAAUAUUAUUCAAAGUAUUUGUCAUUUUUUAAUGAUUAAUAUAAUAUUUCGUCAAUGGAUUAUUAAUAUUUCAACGAGGACUCAAUAAUUAUAAUUUUUCAAUGUGUUAGUAAUAAGCUUCAUUCCAUAAUCAGUUACAUUUGUUUUUUUUUUUUUCUUCAUUAAUGAACUGAGUAAUUUAAUAAUAUACUUUGUAAAAAACAAAAAAUUUGAUAAAAAUAAUAAUAAAAAAUUAUAAUUAUUUUGGUGGAUUAUUAUUCCCUGCUUUAUAAUUAAAAGAAAAUAAAAUUAAAUAAUAUCAAUUGGUUUUUUUUUAUUAUUAAAACUGUUUUAAACAGUAUUUUAUAUUUAUUUUUUCAUUUCUUAAAUUGUUGUUUUACAAAAAGAAAAUAAACUUAAAAUUUUUCACAUUAAUUUUGUGACUUUAUGGCAAUUAUAUACAUAAUUAUUAAUUUUUUUUUUAAAUUGCCAUUUAAUUAAUUAUCAACUUCAUUCAUUCUUGUCAUGAUUGUUUUUAGAAAUAAAAAAUAAUAAUUUUUUUUUUAAAUUACUGUUUACAGUAUGAUUUUAAUUAUAAUUAAUGAUAAAAUUUAAUCACUUGAAAUUAAAAAAAAAAAAAAACAAUAUUACAAUUGUAUUUACUUUUUUUUUUAGCCAUGUUUUUUGUUGACUUAAAAUUAAAAAUACAUAAGAAAAAAAUUAUUGAUUAUAUGAUCACGUUAAUUAUUAAAAUUAUCAUCUAAUUUACUAAAAAUAAUAAGACUACAUUGUAAAAUUAAUAAUUUCAUGACAGCUGUUUUUUUUUUUGUUCAUCAAUGAUUAAUAAUAUUUAUAAAAAAAAAAAAAAAAAUGCAGAUAAAUAUGUGAGAGUGUGAGACAUCAUUUAGCAGCCUUUGUUUUAGCAGUGUGUAUUCACUGGUUUUAAUUAUUUAUCAGCAACAAUGUCAUGUCCAACUGAUAAUUUAUUGCAUAAUUAAACAAACAAAAAAAAAAAAAUUAAUCAUUAAUUUUUUAUAUACAAUGUUGAUUAUGAUUUUGAUACACCACACACAUAGAAUAGAAAUUAAUUUAUCAAAUGAGCCAACACACUCUCUCACAUUAAUAAUAAGCUCAGUUUGUUUUUUUCAUUUUAAAAUUAUUUUUAAUGUCAUUUUAUGAUUCAUUAAUAUCAAUUCAGUUAGAAAUAAAUACAAUAAUAUAAACAUAAUUUUGUUACAUAUAAUAAUUUCUUCUGUACAUAUUUCAUUGCAAAAAAAAAUUCAUCUUAAAUCAGCUGGUGAUUGACAAAUUUUAUUAUAAAGCUGAUUAUCAAUGUAACUAAGGCAUGUGCAAAAGAAAAAUAAUUAUAUAAAAAUGUCAUGAAUUUGGUCGGCUGUAAUAUUUGUUUUUAAAUUAAUAAUUAUUAUUAAUUUUUUUUUCUUUUUAAUCAACAAAUUUAUAAUGGCAGUCUACGCUCAAUUAUUUAAUCCAAUUUUGUGCAUAUUUUAUUAGUAAAUAUUUUUCUUUUUAUUUCACAGCUGGUUUGUCGUCCAAUUUUUAUUUUCACAAUAUAUAAAAUAUUAAAUUAAAAAACACAGUUAUAAAAUUGAAAAAUGAAGUUAAAAUUUAUAGCUUUUUUUAUUUAUUUUAAAACAAUAAAAUUUAAAUAAUAAAAUAAUACGCAUAUUGAGCUUGGACGAUAAUUUUACAAAAUAAUUAUUAAAAUUUCCAGACUUUUUUUUUUGGACAAUUUAAAAAUAUAAAACAAUAAAAGUACAUGAUAAUGUUUGUUUUUUUUUUUCUAAAUUGUGAUGUUUUUUUUUCUUGUAAUUGUUAAUUAUAAUUUUUUCUUUUUAAUGAUUGACUUAUAUUAUGUUACAAAUAUUCACGUGAUAUAGUACAUCAAGACCUGAUUUAACAGUCUCAAAGUCAGUUCAAUUUUGUAAUGAUUAAUCUAAAUUUUCUCAACGAAAUAAAAAAAAGGAAGAAUAUAUCUUCGAUCCAGUAUUCAUAAUCAAAUUAAAAGUUGAACAAUAAUUUUCACCUAGUCCACAACAAAGACAGUACAAAUUUCUCUUAAACAAAUCCUGAUUAAUUUUUUUUUUUUUUUCAUUUUUGUUUUUUUUGUUUCGUCAGUAGAAAUACAUAUAAAAUUUUUACUACACUUCUGUGUAAUGGUUUUUUU